AUGUCGAGACCCGAGGAUACACUUCAGGCGGACGUGCACUACGAUGAUACCGAAGCGCGCAAAUACACUACGAGUUCUCGAAUUCAGAAUAUUCAAGCGUCGAUGACCCGUCGAGCCCUUGAGCUGCUCGAUCUCCCCGGCCCUUCCUUCAUUCUCGAUAUUGGCUGUGGCAGUGGUCUGUCAGGAGAAAUUCUGUCCGCCGUUCCCGAAGACGAAGGAGGUCCACAUACCUGGGUCGGCAUGGACAUCUCGGCUUCAAUGCUUGAUGUCGCCCUACAGAGAGACGUGGAGGGUGAUUUGCUGCUGGCAGACAUAGGACAAGGUGUUCCUUUCAGGGCUGGCUCAUUCGACGCAGCCAUCAGUAUUAGUGCCAUACAAUGGCUAUGUAACGCGGAGAACAGCGAAACAUCGCCUCAGGGACGACUGUCAAGAUUCUUCAAUGGGCUUUAUGCAUCGCUCAAGAGAGGAGGCCGGGCGGUUUGCCAAUUUUAUCCCAAAAAUGACAUACAACGAAAAAUGAUCACCUCUGCGGCGGUCAAGGCUGGUUUUGGCGCUGGUAUUCUCGAGGAUGAUCCUGAGACGAAGAAUGUCAAGGUUUACCUGGUUCUUACUGUUGGUGGCGGUACCGCAGACGGAAAUUCUGGAGACAUCACUGGUGUUGUCAAGGGUAUGGACGGCGUGGAUGUGCUCGACGCCAGGAAGAAGUACAGCAAUGGAAAGGGCGAGAUCAAGAAGGGAAGCAAGGCAUGGAUCGUUAAGAAGAAGGAGCAAAUGGAAAGGAAGGGCAAAAUCGUCAAAGCAACCUCUAAAUACACCGGCAGGAAACGACGGAUUGCUUUCUAA